AGUGAGAACGAAGUUGACACAUUGCGUGACGAAGCAGACAAAAUUUUUCCAUUCUGUGGAUUUGCUUUGGUGCAGUUGAUCGAAUUUCUUUGUUGAAUCGUCUUCGCCUUGAUAGUACUACAGAAAUGGCUUGUGGUGCCGCAUCAGUUGUGCAAGAGGCGAACGAAGAGAUUCAGGCAAUUUGUGAUCAGAUGAAAGUCCAUGUUGAAGCGAAAUGUGGCAGAAAGUUUGGUUCUUUUGAAGCAACACAUUUCAGAAGUCAAGUUGUUGCUGGAACAAAUUACUUCAUAAAGGUGCAUGUUGGGAAUGGUUCAUACCUGCACCUUAGAGUAUUCCAGACAUUGCCAUUUGCUGGACAAAACCUUGAGCUGGUUGCAAUGCUGAUGGACAAAACUGAGGAUGACGAGCUAAACUACUUUGACAAAGGAAGAAAUUAGAUGCUCUAGAAUAUUUGGUAACUAGCAUUGGUAGUUAUUUUUGGUAGUUUUUUUUUUUCAUUAUUAUAUAAUAUAGGUAAUAGAAUAGUAAAGAGUCGACUUCUCUAGCUAUUCAUGUUACUUUUCGGCUAGUAAAUUUGCGCCUCUUAGCCAAGUAAAAACUAAUAAUAAGAGCAAAAAAACUGUCGCCUUUCUCUUUGGGCUCUAAGCCACAAUUGUUUAUUUUGUUGAAUGACCUUAGGCGGAGCCGGACGUUUGCACGUAUACAUACGUGGUUAAAAUACUAAAGUGCAAAUGGAUCAUUCGGACGCGCCAAAUUUGCCAUAAUCAUCCAAGUCUAAAAAAAUAAAUGCAGAAAAUACUUUUUUAUUUGUUCGUGAAUAAAAACGCUUUUAUUUAAACACA